CGCGCCCGCACCUGGUUUUCUUCACCCUAGACUCGGAGCGCGUCCGGAUUGGCUGGAGCGCCGGUGUCUCGCGCUAGGAUCCGCGCGCCUCUUCAACUCUCCAUCAGAACGCGGCGAGCACGCGCUGGAGGAACUUCAACUGACAGACGCCGAUCCUGAACAUGAACUCACCUCAGGAAAACUGAUUUUUAAAACCUAUUGACGGCUAAUUUUCGCGAAGCCUUGAGAGAAAACUGCUCAGAAGAGGUAAAACUGAGGAUAUUUAAUCCCAAACAUAUGUGUUUGACGGGCGUUGGUGGCCGCUGACUGUCAGAAGAAGAGUGCGCUGAGGUAAAAACCAACGGAUUCGACCAAUAUUUCCCCCCGCAAAUAACCGACUCUCCGCGACAGUCCUUGGUUUUGCUAUAAACAACACCUUUAUCUGAUUAUUUCACCUGACGGCGGAAUUUUUCCUUGUUCGACUGUUUAUAUGAUGGGAAGAAGUCAAAAGACUGCGAGAGGAGAACGAGGCGGAUCGGGAUUCUUACCGCAGAUGGUCACUGUGUUGAUUUUUAGUAUUUUAUUGCUUAUCAACAUCGGGGCGGCUCAAGAUGAUGACUAUCUGGGACUGGGCGAGCUCCCGGAGACGUUCCCCUCGGACCCGCCCGAGCCUCUCCCGCACUUCCUGAUGGAGCCGGAGGAGGCGUACAUCGUGAAGAACAAGCCCGUCAACCUUUACUGCAAGGCCACGCCGGCCACGCAGAUCUACUUCAAGUGCAACAGCGAGUGGGUCCAUCAGAAGGAGCACACGGUGGAGGAGCGCGUGGACGAGACCUCCGGUUUGGUGGUUCGGGAGGCCAGUAUCGAGAUCACCCGUCAGCAAGUGGAGGAAAUGUUCGGUCUGGAGGACUUCUGGUGUCAGUGUGUGGCCUGGAGCUCAGCGGGAACCACCAAGAGCCGAAAGGCCCACGUCCGCAUCGCCUAUCUCAGGAAAACGUUUGACCAGGAGCCUCUAGGAAAGGAACAGGAACUGGAACAGGAAGUGCUUCUCCAGUGCCGCCCGCCAGAAGGAGUUCCUGCUGCUGAGGUGGAGUGGCUGAAAAACGAGGAGAUCAUCGACCCCGCGGACGACAGAAACUUCUACAUCACCAUCGACCACAACCUGAUCAUCAAACAGACCCGUCUGUCGGACACCGCCAACUACACCUGCGUGGCCAAGAACAUCGUGGGCAAACGGAGAAGCACAACGGCCACCGUCAUCGUCUACGUGAACGGUGGCUGGUCGACGUGGACCGAGUGGUCGGUGUGUAGCAGUCGCUGUGGGCGUGGCUAUCAGAAGAGGACGAGGAGCUGCACCAAUCCGGCGCCGCUGAACGGAGGAGCCAUCUGUGACGGACUGGCCAUCCAGAAACUGGCCUGUAACCCGCUGUGUCCAGUGGACGGCCUGUGGACGGACUGGAGUAAGUGGUCUCCGUGUGGGACGGAGUGCACUCACUGGAGACGGCGGGAAUGCAAUGCUCCGGCUCCUAAAAACGGUGGGAAAGACUGCGAGGGAACGGUUCUCCAGUCCAAGAACUGCACUGAUGGACUCUGUAUGCAGACCGCCCCCAGUACAGAUGAUGUGGCUCUCUACGUGGGAAUCGUCAUCGCCGUCAUCAUGUGUUUGGUGAUUUCCGUCAUCGUGGCGCUGUUCGUGUACCGGAAGAACCACCGGGACUUCGACUCGGACAUCCUGGACUCGUCGGCACUCAACGGAGGAUUCCAGCCGGUCAACAUCAAGACGGCUCGCACAGCUGAUCUGCUGGCGGCUCCUCCUGACCUGACGUCCGCGGCGGCCCUGUACCGAGGACCGGUUUACGCGCUCCACGACGUGGCCGACAAAAUCCCCAUGACCAACUCUCCUCUGCUGGACCCGCUGCCCAACCUGAAGAUCAAGGUGUACAACUCGUCCGGUCUGGUGACGCCGCAGGAGGACCUGUCCGACAUCUCGGCCACACUCUCUCCCAAGCUCCCGCACGCGCUGACGGAGGCCGACACCAUGAGCCGGCGCACACACACACUCGUGCGCUCCUGGGACCCGUCCUGCACCGCGUUCGGCUCCUUCAACGCUCUCGGGGGUCAUCUGAUCGUGCCCAACUCAGGAGUGAGCUUGUUGGUGCCAGCGGGCGCCAUCCCUCAGGGACGAGUCUAUGAGAUGUACGUGACGGUUCACAGGAAGGAGAGCAUGAGGCCGCCGCUGGACGACACACAGGAGACGGUUCUGAGUCCCGUGGUCAGCUGUGGUCCUCCUGGAGCUCUUCUGACCCGGCCCGUCAUCAUCACCAUGCACCACUGCGUCGAGGCCGACAGCGAGGAUUGGCUCAUUCAGCUGAAGAGCCAAUCACAGCAGGGCCAGUGGGAGGACGUGGUGGUCGUGGGCGAGGAGAACUUCACCACCCCCUGUUAUAUCCAGAUGGACGAGGAAGCGUGUCACAUGCUGACGGAGACGCUGGGCACGUACUGUCUCGUGGGUCGCUCCGUCAGCGCCAACUCCUCCAAGAGACUGAAGCUGGCGAUCUUCGGGCCCGUGAGCUGCACCGUGCUGGAGUACAACAUCAGAGUCUACUGUCUCGACGACACACAGGACUCGCUGAAGGAGGUGCUUCAGAUGGAGAAACAGAUGGGCGGGAAGCUUCUGGACGAGCCCAAGUCUCUGAACUUCAAGGACAGCACACACAACCUGCGCCUGUCGCUGCACGACAUCCCACACACACUCUGGAAGAGUAAACUCAUCGCCAAAUACCAGGAGCUCUCCUUCCAGCAGGUGUGGAGUGGAUCUCAGCGUAACCUGCACUGCACCUUCACCCUGGAGCGCUUCAGCUCCUGCACGCUCACACUCUCCUGUAAGCUGUGUGUGAGACAGGUGGAGGGAGAGGGGCAGAUCUUCCAGCUCAACACCACCCUGGCUGAGGACUCUCAGUGCAUCGACACGUCUCUCCUGGACCCGGCCAGUAACAUCACGACACUGGUGGGUCCGAACGCCUUCAGGAUCCCACUGUCCAUCCGGCAGAAGCUGUGUGGGAGUCUGGACGCGCCUCAGACCCGAGGCAACGACUGGAGGAUGCUGGCGCACAAACUACACCUGGACAGGUAUCUGAACUACUUCGCCACCAAGUCAAGUCCGACCGGUGUGAUCCUGGACCUGUGGGAAGCCCAACACUUUCCGGACGGGAACCUGAACCGCCUGGCCGCCGUUCUGGAGGAGAUGGGCCGUCACGAGAACAUCGUUUCCAUGGCAACCGAGCACUGACAUCACCGUGACGACGGCAGACCUGCUCCGAAACGCAUUCAAUCCCGCAAAAACAAGGAGACAUCCCGAGGGAAGGGUCUGUGCGAUUCCUGGUACAGUUUGCUUUUCUAUUCGUCGAAUCAGUUUCUUAGGAAACGCGACUUCUGCUGUCCAAAUACUGGACUUCGGCCCUCCCCGACACGUCACAUGACCAGUACCGGGACACGUCACGCGACCGAGACACGGGAGCGGCUCGCAGGCGAUUAAAACACGCGUGUUGGAAAAUGCCUUUAUUUAUACGUUCCUUUCUUUUCAUAUCUGUUUUGUUUUUGGUCUUCUUGCGCCAUCCAGUGGACAGAGCCUGUAACGACACGUCCAGUCUCCUGUGUAUAUACAGCAAACUGUAAAGUUUAACAGUGUUACUAUGAUUAUUACUUUUCAUUUUAUUGUUAAUUGCGUUUUGUUGCAUAGUGAUCUGUAUGUAAUCGAAAUUUAGAAGACAAACUAGGGACUAAACUCUUUUUAACUGUGCGAUUCAGUCCUGGAUGUUCAACGCCUUUCAGGAACACACACACACACGUUCAUCAUAAUCACGUUGCUUUUGUACGGCGAGGGUUUCAGUACGGCAUGUGAAUCGCUGCGACUUUAACGGAUCAGAGGACGUUCACCGAUGGAUGCAUGCAGUCGAAAUAACUGUACAAACUAAACUAAUAGCCAUUGAGUGUUUGUGAUUCCAGCGUCCACCUUCAGUUGUCCAGAUUUAUAAAGCUGUCUAUGCAAAUUCUGCAUCCUUUAUCAAACUAACUAUACAUGCUAGCAGUCGCUUUCCAUAGUUACCAAUCAUGCGAUUAUAUUUAUAGUGAGGAUGUUACUUAUUUUAUGGCACGUUCAUGAUGUAAUUUGCGAAAGCUUGCAUCUCCUCUGUGAAGUUUCUGUACAAAAUGUAAGAAAGAAUUUUUAAACAAGUAAUAAAUUAUAUUUAUAUGCAACACUGAA